AUUUCGACUUGAAAAAUAAAAAGAUGAAAUUUAGUUGAGGGUUUUAUUUUGUUCAAGAUCAGAUUGUUAAUAUAAUUUUGCAAGAAGAAAAUUGAAUCUACAGAAGAUAUGUCGGAAUCGCAUUUCACCGAUGAGGACGAGGGCCAUAUCUCAGACAUAGGAUCAGAAAAUGAACAUGGUCAACAUAUAGAGCUUCAAAACAGAGGGCAAAUAGCAAAUAUAUCAUCAAACUCAAAUGAAUUAGCAAUGCCACAAGAGAGAUCAUAUGGCGUGAGUGGAGGAGAUUUCAAAAACGCAACAUUUGGUUCACCGCAGUAUAAUCUGACUAAGAAAGAUGGAGUAAUUGAUGGUGAUUUCAGAAAGCAAAUAUAUCACAACACGUACAACACUUACAUAACUGAACAGACAUCUACUGCACCAGCAUCUAGCGUGAACGAAAAACGCCCACAAAGAGACACACAAGAUCCCGUUGAAGAUUUUGGGGAAGGUUGGAUACAAUUGAGUGACAAAAUUGGAUUAUUCAAAACUCGAGCUUUGUGCAAGAGAGCACACAUUUACCAAGGACUUCAUUUAAGUAAAAUAACAGGGAAUAUCCCCAUAGCUAUCAAAUUCCUUACUCCGUACGACGAAGCAAAUAUAAAAGAGGCAAAUAUACUUCUGAAAUUGCAACACCAUCAUGUUGUGUCUAUUAUUCAUUCUGAUGUUUACGAAGAAGGGCCGUUUCCGACAAUGUAUAUAGCCAUGGAACUUUGUCUCACCAAAACACUGUAUGAUUACAUUCUUGAGCAGAGGACCACUGGAAACUUAAUAAUCUUUGCAGAAAAGCAAUCAAUGGUUCGGCAAUUAACCGAAGGACUCGCAUUUAUUCAUCUAAACAACGUAUUACAUAGAGAUCUCAAGCCUGAAAACAUUUUGUUUGCCUUAGAUGGGAAAUCUUUAAAAAUUUCCGACUUUGGUUUGAGUAAAGAAUUGAGCCAUGGACGGUCGGUUACUGCACAAAGCAUGAUUCGUCCCGGUACAGACGGGUAUCGAGCUCCGGAAACUUACAAUUCUGAUGUCAUAUCGAAACAAGCGGAUAUUUUUUCCUAUGGUUUGGUUGUUUAUUUCAUAUUGAGUGAUGGACGUCAUGCUUUUGGCGACGAACCCGAUUUAUGGAAUUACAACAUAAAAAAAAACAAGAAUCUAAAUAUUGAGCUUCCUACGAUACCUAGAUCCGAAACAGCAAAAGAGUUGAUAGAAUGGACAUUGCAAUUUGAACCGGCAAGACGUCCGUCGUGCAAGAACAUUUUAGAGCACGAGUUCUUACUACGCGAAACUGCUACAAAGCCCAAGAGUUUGGCCACAGAUGAAGAUUAUUUUGUAUCCCUCACCGAUAGUAUUAAUGUCAGCAGAACAUCGAGUUUUUCCUCGUCAGCGAAAGUUUCUGACGUCUGCGCAGAGGGUUCAGAAAAUGCAGUCGCAAUUUUUGAUCGCGAUUCGGGACAUAUAUCCGCCUUCUCGCCAUCUGCUAUGAGGUGGAUCCCAAUGAAGUGUCAAAAAAUUCCUGAUGACAUCAUCGACAACAAUUUUCAAUCCACGCGGAUAAACAAUUCAAUUUACGUGUUGAUGGAGACAAAGGCAGUCUAUAGGCUUGACUAUCGAAAAACGGAAGCAGAAUGGGAAAGAGUAGCAGAUAUGAUUGAAAAUCAUGGAUGGUUUGCUCCUGCUGAAGCACUCGACGGAUGCAUCUAUGUUGUUGGAAGAGGAUAUGCACCGUAUCCCACAUCGUCAAGAAAAUUUGUUGAAAAAUAUGAUCCGAAGAUUGAUAAAUGGACAAGAGUUCGAGAUAUGAACGGUAAAAGGGAAAAUCACUAUAUCGCCGUCUGUAACGGUUUUAUUUAUUGCUUUGCGGGCAGAGAUGAACACUGGAAUUCGACAGUAGAAGUCGAGAGAUACCACGCUGCUUCCGACGUUUGGCAAAAUGUCUCUCCAAUGCCACGCCCCAUGGAGUUCCCCCCGAUGAGACCCGUUACGUUUAAUGACGUCAUAUACGUAAUGAACCACAGUGACAUACAAUUGUAUGAUACCGUGAAUGACACUUGGACAAUCGUUACUCCUGGCGGACCAUUUCCAUACGAUCAAGCUGUCAGUUUCGCGGCAUUUGCAGUAGACAACAACAUAAUCGGAGUCGGCUACAAAAAAGGAAAAAGUCACAUACAUCGAUUAGAGUUAGCAACGAUGAAAUGGACGUUUUUAGAAACCGUUAAAAGCAAUAUUCUGCCCCGCGAAUGCGUUGAGCUCUCGUUGAAUCGUCGACAACAGACUGUUGAAGAGGGGCAAGUGUUCCAUCAUUACCAAUGAAAUAAUAAACC